CACUACUCACUUCGUACUUUCUCCGUCUUCCACCACUCUCUCUCUCUCGUUCUCUCUCAGUGUGUAGUUAAGAACUGAGCAAUGGCGGGAAAAGGAGGAAAAGGGCUUUUGGCAGGGAAAACCACCGCGGCUAACAAGGACAAAGAUAAGGAUAAGGAUAAGAAAAGACCCAUUUCACGGUCAUCCCGUGCCGGAAUUCAGUUUCCUGUGGGCCGUAUUCAUAGACAGCUGAAGCAAAGGGUCCAGGCCAAUGGACGAGUUGGGGCCACUGCUGCUGUAUACUUGGCCUCCAUUCUUGAGUAUCUCACUGCAGAAGUUCUUGAACUUGCUGGGAAUGCAAGCAAAGAUCUCAAGGUUAAGAGGAUAACACCAAGGCAUUUGCAGCUUGCUAUCAGGGGAGAUGAGGAGCUUGAUACCCUUAUUAAAGGGACCAUUGCUGGUGGUGGUGUCAUCCCUCACAUUCACAAGUCCCUCAUCAACAAAACCGCUAAGGAAUAAAAUAUUUGCUUCUGAUUGAAUAUUUCAUAUGGCUGUUAACC